CAACAACCUUAGGCCUCCACGCAGCCCAUUUGUCUUGUGCAAGCUGCUGUGUCCUCCCUGGGCAGCCACUGCCAGCUCCCCACGGAGGUCUCACCACCUUGUUACAGGGUGUGUGUCCAUGAAUCUGCUUGGGGGGAUCCGUGGCCCCAGAGGCCUUGCAGGUGGGAACUAUUUUUCCUGUGCCCAUGUUUAAAGGCAGCCCUGGCUCCGGGGUGCCUGCAGGGAAAGGCUGCCAAAAUCAGUACUCAGGCAUGGGUUAGGGUCCCGCAGGGGUCCCGAGUGACGCUGCCUUGCUUGUGUGAAACGUCCUCGCAAGAGAGCAGAGAGGACCCCACGGCCCGUGAGGCCCAGGGUCCACACCGUCUGCACGGCUUGCUGUGUGCCAGGCUCCUGGGCACGCCGCGCACGGACCCGGUCCUGCCUCGCCCCCCUAGACCCGAGGGUUAUCCCCCCCGACUCUCCGAGCCCCAAGGUUAAACCCCCAUCCCCGCUCCUGCAAAGGGCCGCGGCCCCUUUAAAUCCUGCGCGGCCCCGGCCCCACCCGUCAGUCUUUUCCCCCUUCUAUUUUUUUAUGAAUGAAAAACGCUCCGGGCGGGGCCAUGCAAAUCACUGCGCGCUCAUUGGUCGCCUCCGCCCCCGCCCACUCAGCCGGUCUCAAUGGUGCUCGGCGGAGCGGCGCGCGGGCGGGCGCCGAGCGACGCUGCAGCCAAUCAGGUGGCGCGGGCGGCCGAGCGGCGGCUCCCCAUUGGCCAGCGCGGAGGGUAAACAAGCGGCGCGGGGCGGGGCGCGGCGGAGGCCGCUGGUUCGGGGGCUGCGGGCCGGCGCAGAGCGGCAGCGCGGUGCCCGGGCUCGCAGAGCAGCCGCGCCAUCCCCGGCACCGCUCCCGGCUUGCCCCGCUGCCGCUGAGGCUGCGGCGCCCCGGCCGGCCGCGCACCUGCCGGAGCCCGGGCGGGACCCCCCUUCCCGGGCCGGCGUCGAUGCUGAGCGGGCCGGGGGCACUGCCCGCUUCGCCCGCACCAUGGACGGCUUCUACGACCAGCAGGUUCCCUUCAUGGGCCCCGGGAAGUCCUGCACAGAGGAGGGCCGAGGCCGGCCGGGGUCCGAUAGGAAAAGGAAGUUUUUGGAGACCGACCUGGCCCAUGACUCGGAAGAAAUAAUCCUGCAAAUAAUGGCAGUUUUAUUUAUUCUUCUGUGGAGCACAAAAGUCUUUCACUCUGUUCCAGAGCUCUUCCAGGAUCUCAGUCAGCUGCAAGAGGCCUGGCUAGCUGAAGCUCAGGUCCCCGAUGACGAACAAUUUGUCCCAGAUUUCCAGUCUGACAACCUGGUCCUGCACGCCCCACCUCCGGCCAAGAUCAAGCGGGAGCUGCCCAGCCCGUCCUCGGAGCUGUCGUCCUGCAGCCACGAGCAGGCUCUCUGUGCCGGCUAUGGGGACAAGUGCCUCUACAACUGCUGUGCCUACGACAGGAAACCCCCCGCCGGGUUCAAGCCAUUAACGCCGCCCGCCACGCCGGUGUCCCCCGCGCACCCCGGGGCGGCCCUGGCGGCCCCGGCCGUGCCCGCGGCCGCCCCCGGCGCGGCCCUGCAGGAGCAGCGGCAGCAGCCGCCCUUCGCCGUGCCACGGCCGCCCGCCCACAUGCCAAAGAUGAUGUCUGAGAACCAAUACCCCGCAGAGCACAGGUUCCAGAGGCAGCUGUCUGAGCCCUGCCACCCCUUCCCGCCGCAGGCCGGGGUGCCCGGGGACAGCCGCCCCAUCUACCACCGGCAGCUGUCGGAGCCCCUGGGCCCUGCUGCCCCCCGCCCCCCUCAGGGAUUCAAGCAGGAGUACCACGACCCUCUCUACGAGCACGGCGGCCCUGGCCUGCCCGGCCCCCCCGGCCACAGCUUCCAGCCCCCCAUGGGCAUCAAGCAGGAGCCCCGGGACUACUGCAUUGACUCAGAAGUGCCUAACUGCCAGUCCUCGUACCUACAGGGGAAUGUCUUCCCCAACAGCCAUGACGGAUUUUCAUAUGAAAAGGACACACGAUUGUAUUUUGAUGACACAUGCGUGGUACCCGAGAGGCUGGAGGGUAAAGUGAAGCAGGAGCCCACCCUGUACCGUGAGGGCCCUCCCUACCAGCGGCGCGGGUCCCUGCAGCUCUGGCAGUUCCUGGUGACCCUCCUGGAUGACCCUGCCAACGCCCACUUCAUCGCCUGGACCGGCCGGGGCAUGGAGUUCAAGCUGAUCGAGCCUGAGGAGGUAGCACGGCGCUGGGGCAUCCAGAAGAACCGGCCAGCCAUGAACUACGACAAGCUCAGCCGCUCCCUGCGCUACUACUACGAGAAGGGCAUCAUGCAGAAGGUCGCCGGCGAGCGGUACGUCUACAAAUUCGUCUGCGACCCCGACGCCCUCUUUUCCAUGGCCUAUCCCGACAACCAGCGCCCCUUCCUGAAGACGGAGCCGGAGUGCCCGGUGCCGGAGGAGGAGACGGUGCCGCUGACGCACUUCGAGGACAGCCCGGCGUUCCUCCUGGAGAGGGAUCCCUGCGGCAGCCUUCCCUACGCGGAGGGCUUCGCCUACUGACUCGGCCGGCAGAGCCAUCGGCACUAGCGCGUCCACCCGGGGCAAACACGGUUUUCUAAAAAGAAUAUUUUUGGCUGUCCAUAAGGAAAAGGAGAAAACAAAAAAAAAAAAGCAGACCCCGAUGACAAACAGCAUGGGUGCGCACACAGAUCCGAGGAAUUUAAAACGCCCCGCGUGUGUUGCCGCCGAAUUCCCACCCUUCCUUUCCAAGGGCUAGUGCACAGGACUGCCCGUGGCUGGCACCUCCUGCCAUGCGUCAGUGUGAUGUCCUGGGGCGCCGGGGGCCUCAAGCUGCAGGCUCUUCCCCGGGCCCCGGCUCCGGCAGUGCCCCAGGACUGGGCUGCGUGGCCGCCGAGCCAAUUGUCACGACAAUCUGCUUUGCAUCGAGCACAAUCCGCGUAGCUGCCUUGUGUGGAGGAAAGGGCUUUGAUUUGCACAGAGAGGAGGGACGCGGGGGGGCCGCCUGGGCCAGCACCCCGGGGCUGAUGUGCGCAGCAUCCUACCCCAACCCCCAGGAGCCUUCUGCCUUCUUCCCCAGCCCCCUCCCCAUAUAACCUGUUGUUCCCGUAGAACCUCCUGCAUCCUCUCCGUGCCCUCAAUCCUCCCCAGCUCUGGCUAUGGGCCAUGGGUUGCAUUUUGGGGGAGGAGACCCUGACACUAACUCCCUCUUGGGUUGUUUGUUGUUUUCUUUUUUUUUUUUUUUUUUUUUGGGAUGUUUUAGGAAAAUACUAAAGGUUUCUAAACUGAUUUUUGUAGAUUUUUUGUAUUUUAAGGCAAAGCUAUUUUUUGCAGCUCGGCUGCUGUCCCUGGAGCCCCUGGGGACACCCCCAUGGCUUUCCUGGUGGCAGGGGGAGCCCUCGAUGCCCGUGGCUUCCUGGGAUGGCUGCCGAAGGAUCUGGUCCACUCCAUUUCACUGCUCCAGUCCUCUUUCCCAGGGGAGCCAGGGCUGAAUCCUGGUACUGGCUCAGCUGUGCUCCCCCUGCUUGGCAUGGCCUCGGAGCUGGGCUGUAAAGCUGAGGUGGGCAGGGAUGGGGGGUCCCUUCCUCAAUACCCCACUUCCCUCCAGCUCCUCCUACCCCUUGCUGCACCUCCUAACACUCCUCCACCACUCAUAUAUCCUUACCUGCCUCCCCUGCACCAGGCUACAUGUUUUAUUGUAAAUGCUGUAUAGGAAUUUUUUUCUCUUCUUUAGUUAGCUUCGGUUGGAAUUUAUGUUUGGGUUUUUUGGUUUUGCUUUUCUUUUUUUUUGGUUGGGUUUUUUUUUGUCUGAUUUUUUUUUUUUGGGAAGUAUGAAGAUUAACUCUACGACGACUUGGUUGCUCUCCCCAUGGUGGCUGCAGUGGCCUGUACCCAUGGGGAGCAUUUGGUUUUGGGAACCCCACUUUGGGGGACAGGUUUUUAACCAUCUGCUUGGUGUGGCAGGUCUGCAGUGCAGAAGGAGUUAAUCUGAGGACUGAUUUGAAAUAUCUUUAUUCAAGCAGGGCUAUGUAUCUCCUGCAAAGCUGCAUUACAUUCUGUACUGUGUACAAUAAAGGAUCUUGCUUCCUGUUCCUCCCU